ACUCCAAACCAUCACCAAAGAGUCAGCCAUUUCAUGAUCAUAGUUAUGUCCUUUUCUAUUUUGGACAAUAAGAUUUGGGUUCGUAAUUAUGAAGUACUAGCAAUGGAUGGGAAAUUGGCAGAAAUUGGUCCACGAUUUGUACUUGAUCCCAUCAAAAUUUUUGAGGAUAGCUUUGGGGGAGCCACAUUAUGGGAGAACAAGGACUUUGUCAAUCCAAACACAUACCGUAGAAACCUGAGGAGUCAGGAUUCAGUGAAGUACUUAAAUAAAUUGAAUCAGCUGGAAAUACAGAAGGUCAGACCUGUUCAUGAUCACAUAGGUGACCCAACUAAUGAAAUCUUCAUGACUAAACCCCCAGAAGAAGCAGAAGGAGAAGAAAAACACUCUUUGUAAGGAAGAGGAAAUGAAAUUGUCAAGUGUUGCUUUAAAUAUGUUUUGUAUUUGAAAUAUAAAGUUCUGUCUUGUAUUACAGAUAUGGCUUUUAUUGAGUUGUGUGGAGUUCCACCUUGCCCUAUACUAUUUUGUU